AUGGUGCGGGAGGAUGACAAGGGCAUCCCGGUGCGCGUAGCGCUGCGCUGCCGGCCCCUGGUGCCCAAGGAGACCAGCGAAGGGUGCCAGUCCUGCCUGUCCUUCGUGCCCGGCGAACCGCAGGUGGUGGUGGGCAACGACAAGGCGUUUACCUACGACUACGUGUUCGACCCCUCCGUGGAGCAGGAGGAGGUUUUCAACACGGCCGUGGCCCCCCUCAUCCGAGGCAUCUUCAAAGGGUACAAUGCCACCGUCCUAGCCUACGGGCAGACAGGAUCUGGGAAGACCUACUCCAUGGGAGGCACCUACACUGCCACUCAGGAGCACGAGCCUCAUGUGGGGGUCAUCCCCCGGGUCAUCAAGCUGCUCUUCAAGGAGAAGGAGCAAAGGCAGGACUGGGAAUUCCUCCUCAAAGUUUCUUAUCUAGAGAUCUACAACGAGGACAUUCUGGACCUGCUGUGCCCCUCCAGAGAGAGAUCUGCCCAGAUCAGCAUAAGGGAGGAUCCAAAAGAAGGCAUAAAGAUCGUGGGCUUGACAGAAAGACAAGUCUCCUGUGCACAAGACACUGUGGCCUGCCUGGAGCAAGGGAACAACUCCAGAACAGUGGCCUCCACAGCCAUGAACUCCCAGUCCUCACGGUCCCAUGCCAUCUUCACCAUCUGCAUUGAGCAGAAGAAGAAAAAUGACAAGAACAGCAGUUUUCACUCCAAGCUACACCUGGUGGAUCUUGCUGGCAUCAACAUCAACAGAGGGCUCCUGAGCCUGGGGAAUGUCAUCAGUGCUCUUGGUGAGGAGAACAAAAAGGGUGGCUUUGUCCCCUACAGAGACUCCAAGUUAACCAGGCUGCUGCAAG